AUGGCAUUCGUCCCUGAUUUGGACACACUGGAGAGCAGCAGUCUGAACGAGGAGACGUUGUAUGGCCCCAGCUGUCUGUGCCCGCAGAAGAAGCCCCGGCUGGACUUGGAGGGGACAUCGUCUGGGGUGGGCAUCCAGGUGACAGUGACAAAAGGACCCCUUUCCAGGACCUUUCGCCAGGCUGCUGUCCUGGUGGUGGCUGUGACCAAGCUCCUGAAGCAGCCGGCAUGCAAGGACUUUGCUGACAGUGACCUUGGCAGCUUCUUGGAUGAUAUUUUCGAGCCUGUCUCCUUCCAGUGCAUCAAGGGCAGUUAUACCAGGGCACCCGUUUUCCGCUACACUCGCUCCCAGUCCUUCGACAUCCUGGACAUUGACCACAAGUGCUUCGUACUGGAGUCACCCACCCAGCUGGUGGCCCUGCACCUGCAGGGACCCUCUGCUGGACAGAAAGUGAAGCUCAACAUUGCUCUGUACCGUCCCCGGUCAUCGCAGGGCGCUCCAGGCUCUGGGAGGGUGCCAGUGGCCUUGGGCAUCAAGGGCUACCAGCUCUACAUGUCAUGUGUGAUGAGUGGCACCAAGCCUGUGCUGCAGCUGGAGGAAGCUGACAUCAGGAGGGAUAUUGAGAGUGUGGAGUUGACCCGCUUCAUCUUCUACCGCCUGGACAGCCCAGCUGAGGGGACCACGCGCUUCGAGUCGGCCGCCUUCCCCGGCUGGUUCGUCUGCACGUCCCUGCAGCCCCGCCAGCCCGUGGGCAUCACCAACACCCCAGACCAGGUGAACAUCGCUACCUACGAGCUGAGCAGGCACUGA